UAUGAUAGACUGUCCAGGUGCAUCGGUCAGUUGAAUGUUGUAACCGUUCUUAUUUGCGUGAUUAUAAAAAAAAAAACGAAUUGAAAAUGAUGACAUCUUUUCGAUUAGUUCGUGAAAUUUAUAGUCGAAUCUAAAUAACGGAUUUAGAUUAAAUUUAUUAUUGCUGAAUAACAAUAAAAUGUAACAGGUAUCAACUGAAAAAGACAUUAAGGUCAGUGAAGUAUGAAUGAUUACGAAGACUGCAUUUGAAAUAUAUGUUUUGUUAAAACGGAAAUAUAAAUUAAGCUUUAAAACUAUGUAUUUGUAUCUGCUACAAAUUUACAAAAGUGAUGAUAAAAACACACGUGAAAGGUAAGUGCACUCCGAUCAAUAUAUACGUAUAUAUUUACAAAGGUAAUUGUUCGUUAACAAUAUCCUAAAACAAACCGAAUCUUCCACCGGUAGCGUGGCCGAGCGGUCUAAGGCGCUGGUUUUAGGCACCAGUCCGAAAGGGCGUGGGUUCGAAUCCCACCGCUGCCACUUUCUUUUUACAUCAAAUAAUUAUGCUUCUUAUGUAAGUGACCGAUUAAGUUAAAUUUAAUUUACAAUAUUUUUUCUGAGAAUUAUAGACAUUUAAAACUUAAUUUGUAAAAUGCGACAAGAAGCUUGUAAAGCAAAUGUUAGUUCGAGUUACUUUUGUAGCUCUAUUUAAACAGAUUGGCAUAGAUGAGACAAAAUUUAGUUAAAUGUUUAUUUAAAGGAAGAAAUAAUUUUCAGUAAUGGCGUUUAUCCCGUCGGCCGCACUGAGGUGCGCAUGUCGAAUUUUAGAGCUGUCUUCUUUAACGAAAGGAAAGAGGUAAAGUCAUCCGUAGCGUGAAACUAAUAUUCAUCUACAUCUAAAUAUUUCCUAAUCUUCCGUUAUAUAUGUAGGGAUUGACUUAGAUGCCCUAAUUCUAAAACGUCGGUAGCAUUACACAAUAAGGAUGCAAAAUAUUUAUUGAAUUUGUUUGUUAUGUGUUUUAGUAAACAAGACUAUGGCAAGAAUUUUUUCCAUUACGUUUCUCAAAGUUCUUCCGUGUAACGUGUACUGUGAGGAUAGCAAUGAAUUUAAAUCAUUAGCAUAUUUAUCCAUUUCUGUUAUUAACAAAAGAAGAUUUGUUUGUCCAAUGAAUUAGUAUCAUGAGGUCACAGAGGUCACCCAAAUUUAUACUUUAAUUUCCUUUCAUCAUCGAUAAGUUACCAAUAUGACGGCCGUGAGAGCUUUUGGGGUGAGAGCGACACUACAGUUAGUUGAUGUGGGGUCACAAAAUUUUCCGUAGUAACACGGGUCUGAAAAUUAAGUUAUAUAUUUUUCGUUAAGAUAUUUUUUUAUAAAAUUUAAAACAACAACACAGCUGUACAGAUUCACUUCGUCUUGAUGUUAGGAAAAUUUAUCAUAUUUAAGAAAUACUCCACUGUUUUGCCCAGGAAAUCAAAGUUAUGAAAAUCAUAUAGUGUUUUCCACUCACGACAAAUUUCUAUUCACAAUAAAAUAUACUCUUUUAAACAUCUGCUGCAAAAUUUGUUUUAUAAUCUACUGGGCCCCAAUGCGAGAUUCUGUGCAUUGUCCAGAGUUCAGAAAAGAAACCAUGAUUAAUCUGGAAAAACCGAGAAAGCUACAGAAUAUCAUCAUACAGAUUAAACUGAAAAACAGUCACAGAUCUAUUGUAAAUGGCAGCCAUGUUAACACGUGGAGAAUACAAAGAUAAAUUAAGAUAGAAAUCUGUCAUCAUGAACACCAAGAUGGCCUCAUCAAAAGAAAGUCUGUCUGUGAUAAACAUGGAGACCCUUAACAUGUCUUCCACAGCUCAACUGACAGAUAAGAAAAGUGUUAAUGGCGAUGAAUACAAUCCAUUCGAACAUCGCAAUGUUGAACAUCCCACUUCGGACAUGGGGACCAUGGUUCAUUUGCUCAAGAGUAGUUUAGGAACGGGUGUCUUGGCUAUGCCAUUGGCCUUCAAAAACGGUGGAGUGAUUUUCGGAUCCUUGGGAACCGCAAUAGUUGGACUCAUCUGUACCCACUGCGUGUACAUUCUGGUUCAGUCGUCACAGGAUUUGUGCAGGAGACAAAAAGUUCCAUCUUUGGGAUUCUCAGAAACAGCAGAGGCAGCCUUCAUGAGUGGUCCUCCAGGAUUACAGAAGUUCAGUACAGCUGGAAGGAAGUUCGUGAACGGGGCUCUAUUAGCGACGUACUACAGCGCCCUCUGUGUAUACGUCGUGUUCGUAGCAUCCUCUAUUAAACAGGUGGGUGACUACUAUAUGGACUACAAGGACCCGCUGGAUGUUCGAGUGUACAUCCCCAUGCUCCUCGUGUUCCUGAUUCCCCUCGGCCUGAUCAGGGACCUCAAGUACUUGGUUCCGUUUUCAGCAAUUGCGAAUGUUUUCAUACUCGUCAGCUUCAGCAUCACGCUCUACUACGUUUUCAACGGCACGUUGGACGUCGAAGACAAAAAUUACAUCGCCCGUGCAGAACAGUUGCCUCUGUUCUUCGCUACUGUCAUCUUCGCCAUGGAGGGCAUCGGGGUGGUAAUGCCCCUGGAGAAUUCCAUGAAGAAUCCUAGACAUUUUAUCGGCAAGGUAGGAAUUCUCAAUAUCGCCAUGUUCAUCGUGGUACUGCUGUAUGGUGUUAUCGGCUUGUUCGGGUACCUCAAAUACGGAGACGCUGUGGAAGGAAGCAUCACUCUGAACUUGCCGGAUUCAGAUAUUCCAGCUCAGGUGGUGAAGGUACUCUACGCCGUAGCCAUCUUGUUUUCCUACGGACUCCAGUUUUACAUACCCACAUCCAUUGCAUGGCCAGACAUUGAGCAAAGGAUUCCCAAAGGAUACGAAAAUAUUGCACAGACUGCUUUUCGUAUUGGUACUAUAAUAUGUACGGUUGCUAUCGCAGUUGCAGUACCAAACUUGGGGCCCAUCAUCUCUUUGGUCGGGGCAAUUUGUUUUUCUACCCUGGGACUCUUCUGUCCUGCAGUCAUAGAAACGGUAACCUACUGGGAGACGGGGCUGGGCUGGCGUCUUUGGAAAAACCUUAUUAUCAUAGUGUUCGCAAUGUUGGCCCUAAUUACUGGUAGUUAUGCAAGCAUCCUGGAAAUAAUACACGAGUAUUCUAAGAGCGAAUGAUAUCGCUAUUAUUUUAGCUGAUUUCUGCUAAAGUUUAAAACUUGUAGCUGAGUAUGAUUGGCUAUAAUUUGUAAUAGUCGAAUGCCAUGUUAAUGAAAGGAAUUCCAAUAUGUCGUAUUUUAUUAUGUCAGGGUUUCAUCAAAAACAUUCCGGUUUGGGAUGGUUUAGUAAUCGCUGAAGCUGUGAUUCUGGUGCAUAAUUAGUUCGAAAAGACAAAUUAUAAAAGCCUAUUUUAUAUUAUAUGAAUUACGCACCAAUUAAUACACUAUGAGUCGGCCUGCUUUUCCUAAUUUUCAUAUGGACUUCAGAUAAUUGUUUUCACUUCUAAAAUAUAUACCUAAUUUAAUUUUAUACUGGAACAAAUGACAGCAUUAAUUCCUUCGAUAUUAUAAACCGAAAUCAAUUUACUGUAUAAUUUUUCUCGAAGUACAUUUUUAGGGUAAGCCUUAUAUUAACAGGAAAAAAUAAUAUUUAAAAUAUUUAAAGUCGUACUAUCUACAAUCCGGACAGAAUCUUUCAGAUUUAAUACAUGUGUGUAAACGAUUUGGAGUCAGAUGACGAAGUACUUAGCGCCCAAGAUUUUACCAUAUACAGAUUGUAUUGUAACAAUUUCAACGCAGCUAACGAAACACGUCACUCUAAAUUCGAUAUUAACUUCCCUGGUUUCCUUACUAUGUAGCAUGUAGGUUUAUCUAGUCAUUUUGAAGUUAUCUGAAUAGGUGUAGGUAAGUACGUUUAUAUUAUCACAAAUUUGGCUUAAGAAAAUUCCAUAAUACUAAUUAUUCCCAUAAAAUGAGCGUCCAUGAAUAGUGUAACUUUAUAUUUUAUCAUUAUUAUACACUUUGGAUUUGUUUAUGUAAUAAGUCAAACACUGUUAGAAAUUUGUGUUUAGUGUAAAAGUGGAAUACUUUUAAGCACAUUACAUAACCUUAACUUUUGAAACCUUAUACUAUUUCUGUAAAUAUAAGUACGAGAUCUUCCCUACAGAUGGCUUCCAAAAAAUUAACUGCCCUUUAUAUUUAAGCAAGUUUUCAGUGAAAACGUCUAGCGAAGUACUUAAAAGAACUGAUCGUUGUGACUGUAAUGAACAGUGGAAUUAAAUUCCAUUAAUAUUUCCAAGUAAUCCGAAGAAAAGGACAGCUGUCUUCUAGGAUUUUGCGCAGUGUAUUUGGUACAAAUUGAUCGAAGUCUCAGAAGUAAUUACUGCCUUCACAAUCAGGACGAUGAUUAUGGAGAAAAUUAAAACGGGUUUACAGUAAAAAUUUGCCUUAAUUUUAGUUCCAUUACACGCAUGCAUAUGAAAUAAGGCCUACUAUUUAUGGAAGUUGGCUGAAGUUUCCAAUUAAUUUUAAAUAUUAGGCCUCAUAUCACUGCAAAUUUUAUUUUUUUAUAAUAUUUUACUAAAUAAUCCUAGUGUCUUAAUUUUGGAGGCACCACAAUUAUAUUUAUUUUGCUUACAUUUUAUUUAUACAUAUAUAUUAGUUGCUCUAAGACAUAUCGAUUGUAUAUAUGUUGUUAUAGUACUUGUAUUAAACAUGUAAAAUAGUUGAUAAUUUUA